UUUUCCAAUUUCCUUCAAAGCAAAUUAUCUGUGGAAAGUCAAAAUUUUUCAAAUAUUAAAAAAAAAAAUCUCAAAAAUCUAAAAAAUUCAGAUUUAAGUGGCUUUAAUUUAAGCUAUCAUAACAGAAAACCUCCACUCCAAAAAUGGCCUUCAGAAACUUGGUGCAAACGUGUCGCGUUGGUCACUUACUGGCCCAGCCCACAAAAUUGGCCCUGAGAUCGCGAAAACCCUCAUCUGCUCCUCCCAUUAUGACUCAGUGUCGUCACUGUCAGUUGGUAUAUCAGGCUCGGGAAGAUUGUCAAAAGAAACCGGAGGUGAAAUGUGGAAGUCACUUCAAAACGGAACCCUGUGAACAAACGUCCCAGAAGAAGGAGAAGAAGAAAAACACGACUAAGGCCGCAAUAAAACAACAAAAUCCCCCAGCCAAGGAACCACAAAUCACAGCGAAGAGACCCGACAUAUGCUGUGCAAAUCCCUGCAAGGAUGCCUUGCCACGUUUCGAUUGGCUCUACUAUCGGCGUUCGGAUAAGCUGAGCAAAGAGUAUCAGCAAACCUGGGCCGAAUGUCCAGAAUUGGUGAAGCAGUCAAAAGUGGUUUGUUGCUACGAUAAAAUCGUGUAUCCCCAAAUGAAGAAACGUCCACGCCAGGAGCGUCCCCAAACGGCGUGCACGCCACCAACUUGUAGCAAUACCAAGACCACCUGUCCCCGUUUCCAUAUGCCACGUUGUGGUAAAGUGCGUCGGCCACCCAAGUGCCAUGUUAAUCGGGAGCCCAAGGACUGUACGAAACGUAAAGCCCCCUUUCCGGCAUUUUCGGAGUGCAGGCGGGAUAUCCCAAAGCCUUUACAUCCCAUUGAGUGUAAAUGCUUGGCCCUGCCGACCAUGUGUGAGGUGUGGGCCCACUAUAAUCGCAUGAGGGCCAUCAAGGCGGGCAGGAGGUGUUAGGGGGAAAGGGGCAGUUGGUUGUUUGGAAGGCAGAUACAUUUGGAGGAGGGAAAUUAAAAAAAAAUUAAAUAUAAAUGUGGAAAUGUUCGUGUAGUAUUAAUUAUUUAGUAAUAAAAAAUAUUAAUAAAAAAAUAAAUAAAUAAAAAAAAAUAAUUAAAAAUUACCGAAUGAA